AUGGCAUCCAUCUUCACCUAUGAUCCAGACCCACCCCGGGUAUCGUCCCCGUGGUCGACUUCUGGAUCCUCGACUCCCCAAAUCAAUCCAUCAGGCCGCGGCUUGGCUGUCCGCACACGCUCUAGCACAAGUCUACUACGUGCUGAUCCUGACUUGCUAUCCAACUAUGGAAUAUCAAAAUUGGAGCCAGAGCCCCAAGAAGGUCCCACGGAGUACAAAUUACACCUUCUUCUUCGGCCAAGGCGUCCCUAUAUCUCCAUGUCAACCGGGAAUGUAGUAGCGGGCUCUUACCAUCACCAUGCAUUGGCAACAAUGUCUGGGCCUGCAGACCCAGGCUCAGAAGCAAUGCCAAGACCCAUGCAAGCCAAGUCGAGCCAGAGCCGCCAUCAACGUCUACAGGGGUUGACCACUCAGCUACUGUGGCGGUUGCAGCAAUCCUCGCCCUUUCAUUCCUCCACCACUUCCAACCUUGUGGUACCUGUUCUCCCGGAGGCAGCGUUGGAGCUGGGGGUGCCUGCUAAACCCGCCCGCCUGCUUCCUGGUCUUGAGGAGAGUCAGGGCGCUCUGUACGAGAUUGGUGUUGCCGAUGACGGUGUUUUCGUAGGUCUCACGCAGGAUGAGUUGGAUGAGAGUCUAGCAACUUUACAGGCCAUGGCAGCCAGUCUAGGAUGUAAAGUGGGGAUCCUUCGUCGAGUCGUGGUUGGGAAGUGCGAAUGGACUGAAGACUUAUCUUCCGUAUCAGCCGACACAACCGAGAGCAGAACGGAAAGUCUUUGGGUCGCUGAGGCCCUAGUGAGCCCUGACCUGGACUUCUACAGUAUCUCUCGCAUCAAGUCCAAGAAUGAUCCAGAAACCACUACAGUACUCGAAUCUGGCAAACUGUCGGUUUCGGAUGAGGACUACUCUCAAACAGAGCAAAUUCGCAUUUCUCUUGCGGGCCCCAGCACCGCAGGAAAGUCUUCCCUUCUGGGUACAUUGACUUCAUCUACACUUGACAAUGGGAGAGGGAAAGGCAGGCUGAGUCUGCUCAAACAUCGACACGAAAUAUCAUCCGGUGUCACCAGCUCGGUUGCCCAGGAAUUGAUCGGGUACACGCAUGAGCUACCUGCCACAGUCGUCAACUAUGCCUCCGGUAAUGUUGCCUCCUGGGAUGAUAUCCAUGCCGCCUCCAAAGGCGGUCGUUUGGCUUUUGUCUCGGAUCUACCUGGAUCAGUCCGAUACUUGAAAUCUACCCUUCGAGGUCUUGUCAGCUGGGCUCCUCACUAUGUGAUGCUUUGCAUUCCAUCUAAUUGCGGCAUCGAUACGCCUGAUGGUGAGCAGGCAAAAUCUGAACAAUCAGAAAUCGAUGCAUGUCUGUCAUACCUGGAGCUCUGUCUAAAAUUGAAGAUCCCUGUGUUAAUCAUCAUUACCAAAUUGGAUCUUGCGUCUCGAAGCGGACUACGGGAUAACCUGGCAAGGGUUCUAUCUGCCCUCAAAGCAGCUGGGCGACAGCCCGCGAUGCUCCCUGCAUCGCCUGCGGGCGACAAGCCACUUGACCUUCAGCAAAUCAGCGCGGUUGAUAGCACUUCAGUACAGAAAGUGGUCGCUGCGGCUGAAGGGAAAUGGGCACACACCGUUCCCAUCAUGCUCACCAGUGCUGUGGAUGGUUCUGGCAUUGGGAAACUUCAUGCCUUCCUUCGUUAUCUUCCCAUUCCUGCACGACCCUCUCAAAGAACUCUACACAUCCCCAAGGAAUUACCAGCACCUGUCCAGAUCUCAGCCAACAUCUUCGAUGUCGAUGAAGUGUUCGCCAUCCCACCCUCCAAAGUCUAUUCAAUGGAUUCGGAGAAAGGAGCCCAAGAAAACCGCGGCAUGGUCCUCUGCGGUCUGGUUCGUCGCGGCAAUAUCUCCAUUGGCGACGAGCUGGUCAUAGGUCCCAUCCUGGUGGAUACCCCAAGUGACCAAGUAAACGAGGUCCAACUAACCGGGGGCUCACCGCUCCGCAGUGGACCCGGUUCCUCGGGCGAUCUCCCGGCAUCCUUCCCGCAAAGCUUUCUGUCCGGCAAGGACUCAAAGGCAAGAUGGCAGCGUAUCCGCGUUGUCAGCGUAAGGGACCUCCGGCUAUCCGUCCGCCGCCUUGUGGAAGACCAAGUGGGAACAAUCGGAAUCGAGCCCGUCGGUGUCUCCGAAGAUGGCCGUCAACCUCGUCUGGGCCGAAUCCGUAAAGGCAUGGUCCUCGCAAACUUCCACACCCCACUCCCGAGGUUAGAUAACAACACCUCAUUAUUAACGCUACCAUUCCACACCGGUUUCAUCGCCACCUUCCGCUCUACCGAGUUUUCAGCGCCAAAUUCCCCUCCACUCUUACUUGGCGGCAACGCCAUAGCCUACAUCGCCAACAUCCGAACUACAGUCCGUGUCGUCUGCAUGGCGCUAACGGGUAGCGAAGACGCAGAGCAGUCUCCCCAACCGCCUUCUCCCACGGAGCCUGAACUCUUCAGCUUCGAUGCCGAUGUUCAGAAUCCUUCUAAGGAAAAAGCAGACGGCACUAGUACAAUUCAUACCGCCUUGGACGCAGCAUCUGGUCUUGGUCGCCGCCGCCAAUCGGCAACGGAUAUCAGCAAAGUCAUGUCCGGCCCAUCUACAUCCGUCGUUGGAGCUGCUUCUUCCGCGGAAGCUCUCAAGGAGAAUGUCAAGAUUACCUUUGCGCUCGUCUCGUCUGUUGAAUGGGUCGAGAUUGGGUCUCAGAUCCUCAUUAUGCCGAGCGUCUCCAUAGCUUAUGCGUCGUCUCAGUCGGGGACUACAGUGGCGUCUGCGCCUGGUGCUAGCUCUGCCGGGACGGUGUCUAUGUCUGGGUUAGAGGGGUUUGUGGGGACGAUUUGUGAGGUUGUCCCCGGGAGGGUUCCAGGCGCUGAGAGCUAG